CCAAAACCCGUCUCCGUCCUCUUUGUCUGCCUGGGAAACAUAGGCCGUUCCACCAUGGCCGAAGGAGUCUUCCAAAGCCUAACCCGCCCCUCCGACAAACCCGGCCACCCUCUCGUUGCAAAAAUAGACUCCUGCGGCACCGGCGCGUACCACAUCGGCGAUGGCCCGGACUCGCGCACCAUGUCCACACUCGCGGACAACGGCAUCUCUACAUACCGACACCAGGCGAGGAAGUUCCAGACAAAGGAUUUCACAGAGUUUGAUUAUAUUCUUGCGAUGGAUGAUGAUAAUUUGGAGCACCUGCGGAGGCUACGGUCACGAGAGGUUAAGAAGCUGGGUGAGGAAGAGGGAGGGAAGAGUUUGGGGAAGGUGAUGUUGUUUGGGGAGUUUGGGGGGAAGAAAAGAAAGGGUGGGAGGGGAGAGGAGGUGCAGGAUCCGUAUUAUGGGGCGAGAGACGGGUUUGAGAUUGCGUAUGCACAGAGUGUGAAGUUUUCGAAGGCUUUCUUGGAGAUGCUUGAGGAGGGCUUGUUGAGUUGAUGGGUGCGUGAGAUGGGAUAGAGGGGCAAGGAAGUGAAAGGGAGUGCAGAUGAUAGUAGGGGCUUGAUAUGAUACCCUGAUAGAUGAUAAUAGGAAAUGCA